CACCUCCAAUCUCACCCCACUUCACCUCUUCCCCUCCACGCAACUUCAAUGGCAGACCCCUUCAUGAAUAAAUUCUACAGCCAGAGCCAACCUUCUGCCUCCAAACCCACCAAGCACCCAGCAGCUUCGUCCACCGACUCAUCUCCGAGACGUUUUCCUUGCCUCUACUGUCCCCAGGAGUUUGCCACCUCUCAAGCUCUCGCCGGCCAUCAGAAUGCUCACAAGCGCCAGCGAGCCGCUGCUGCUCGGCCAAACUUUCCGGCCAACAACCUGCAGAAAAUUUGGUAUUUACCCAAGAGAGUUACCCCGCCUUCCGGCUGUUGCUGUGGAAGCAGGUCCCUACUUCCUCUGUUCCCCUCUUAUCCACAGCAACAACCCAUCUCAUCCAUACCAUUUCCCCACUUUCCGGACAUGUCCCAUCCCGUGGGUGCAGCCGUGUUUGUUGAGAAGUGGCUGGAGCCCAUCCAGCCGCAGCCACAGCUGCACCAGGACCUGAACCUUGCUUCCAACUCGGUUCCUCGGAGCUUUCUGGGCGUUUCGACUGCUGAUGCUCUCUCCACUACCACUGAUGUGGAUGAUUCUGCCGAUCUGGACCUCACCCUCCGCCUGUGAAGGGCUUUAGACUGAAUGGUGAUGAAGAUAUACAUAUAUAAAUUAAUGCUGGUUUUAUUAAUAAAAUGGGUUUUUAAGUUUAAUGAUGAGAGUUUGUUGGCAUCAAUCCCCUAAUUCUAGUUCUCCCCAGCAUGAGAGUGGUCUGUCAGCAGGAAACACUAUUUUUGUUGAUAUAUAGGUGGACUGGGGAGAAGUCUUUUAUGUUUUAUGUGUAGGAGUAUACUCCAUUAAAUAAAGAAUAUUUUGCUGU